GGAUCUGUAAGCUGGAUUCUUGCAUCGCCUAGUGGCUCACAUAAUGUGUAGCUCACAUAAUCAUGUUAAUCCAAAAGCAGCCUUUAAAAAAAAACGAGUAACUUUAUACACAAAUCUCCGGAAUCGUCUUGGCGCUGGCAAACAACAUAUCCCACAAGCCCCUGCCCGUCCACGUGACGCAGGGUGUUCGUCGCGCGAGAGUCCUCGUUGCCAUAGAGACGAUGGUACACGCCUUAUCUGGACAGACGAGUGAAUUUAACCUUAUCUUACACACAACUUCACUAUCUUCUGUCCCAGACAACGGAAAAGGGCGAGCAGUCAUAGGAGAUGGCCUGAGAAACACAGUUUGCGCAGUUGUGUAUGCGUGAGCUGUAUUCUUUUCCAUUUGUUUUCUUUUCCAUCUGGGAGAGGGAGGGAGCUGAAUGAACAAGGAUGAACCGCUAUACCACUCUGAAGCAGCUGGGGGAUGGUACCUACGGCAGUGUGCUUAUGGGCAGAAGCAAUGAGUCCGGGGAGCUGGUGGCCAUCAAGAGAAUGAAGAGGAAGUUUUACUCCUGGGAGGAGUGUAUGAACCUGAGAGAAGUGAAGUCACUAAAGAAACUGAAUCAUGCCAAUGUGGUGAAACUAAAGGAAGUAAUCAGAGAAAAUGACCAAUUGUACUUCGUCUUUGAGUACAUGAAAGAGAAUCUCUACCAGCUGAUGAAAGACAGAGAAAAUAAGAUGUUCACUGAAAAUGAAAUAAGGAACAUCAUGUUUCAAGUGCUCUCUGGUUUGGCAUUUGUGCACAAGCAUGGAUUUUUCCAUCGGGAUAUAAAGCCAGAGAAUCUGCUUUGUAUGGGUCCUGAACUGGUGAAAAUAGCAGACUUUGGUCUGGCCAGAGAGAUCCGUUCUCGGCCUCCCUAUACAGACUAUGUCUCCACACGAUGGUAUCGCGCUCCAGAGGUGCUUCUGAGGUCAUCUGUGUACAGCUCUCCUAUAGACAUGUGGGCAGUGGGCUGCAUUAUGGCAGAGCUCUAUACCUUACGACCUCUUUUCCCAGGCAACAGUGAGGUCGAUGAGAUCUUCAAGAUCUGCCAGGUUCUUGGCACAGUGAAGAAGACGGACUGGCUGGAGGGUCAUCAGCUGGCUGCGGCAAUGAACUUCCGCUUUCCUCAGUGUGUUCCCACACCUCUAAAAACCCUCAUCCCCAAUGCCAGCAAUGAGGCCCUGACACUAAUGAAGGAUUUGCUGAAUUGGGACCCGAAGAAAAGGCCAACCGCUGUGCAGGCACUCAGGUACCCCUACUUUCAAGUGGGCCAGGUGCUGGGACCGCGGCCUCAAACCCCUGACCUUUGUAAGUCGCAGGUGAAAACGGCUCAUCUCAACGAGACCAAAUCUGAGCUGCAGUCAGCCUCUGAACCAGCCCUGCACUCUCAGGCUAAGGCCCAGGGCAGGAAUUCCCAUCAGCCCCUGCAGCCAAUCUCUCUGCCUCAGGCCCCCAUUCAGGCAAACCACCAAGCUGAGCCUCUAGCACUCAAUACACAAAAGAGGCCUGUGGGAAAUGAGAACAGCCUGAUGGGACUGAAAAGUGGGCGGAGACGCUGGGGACAGACCAAACUCUCAGACAGCUGGGACGAGUCAGAUCCCUCAGACACAGCUGCAGCCAACUCCAAAAAACCCAGCAUGGGAGCAGAAGAGAACAAACCUAUGAAUGAGUUCACUUCUGAGCCAAAAGACCAAAAGCCUAUUUACACUUUUAGCAACGUCACGAAGCUACCGAGUAGCAUCAAAUCAAACUCCGGUCUGCAAAGCACCUGCUCAGCCCGACAUCAUUACCUGCGGCAAUCGAGAUAUCUUCCUGGUUUGAUAAGUAAAAGCUCCCCGUCCACUGUGGAAAAGGAGCUCCAGAGGGACCUGUGGGACAACUGGUCAACACUUUCAAAGAAACCCCUUGCUCCCAUUGGAGGAGCCCCAGUUACCCGAGUCACUCCAGGGAACUUUAUUAGCACUACAUACAACCUCUCUGGAGGUUAUAUUCCAUCUUUCCAGAAGAAGGAGGUUGGAUCUGUUGGCCAGAGGAUACAGCUUGCACCAAUUGGAAACCAGCAAGCACUUGAUCUCUCCACCACUGCUGAUUCUAAAACUGGCAAAACAAAAUAUAUAAAGCCAAAACCUGCUGCUUCCCCUUCAUUAAAUGCAAGUACUGAAGAUGCCGAUGGGUGGAAAAAAAAAUCUCAAGUCAAAGGGACAAGCUACUCAGUCCUGGGGAAAAAUUCUGGCAACAUCCUCCCUCGUGCAGCUCCUGUCCAACCUGUCCAUGGUCGAGUGGACUGGGCAGCGAAGUACGGAAGUCAUCGGUAGCACAUCUUCAAAUCUUUACAGCCUCAGCUUGUGCUAAUCUUAAUGGCUCCAUCUCCUCUAGCAGAGAAGUUUUUAAUGUCUCAAAGCCCACUGUGCAGAUUAUUUUGUAGAAAAUGUAAUUACCAUUUUUGAUAUUCAAGAUAUUUGAUAUUCAAGAUAUUCAUCCUAGAACUGAAAAUUUUUCUUUUGUUUUCUUUAUCGACUGGGUGAAAAUAUCAAUCGUAUUUUAGAGUUGGGCUGUUCAUUCUAAACCGGAUCUUCUCUUUUUAAUCACAUAAACACAAAGAGGUCAUGCUUGUGUGAGGUGCCUUUAAAAUUAGGUACAUUUAUUAUUGAUUUUUGAGAUCAGUGUAGAUUUCAGAACAUAUGAAUUCACUGUUUGAAGGGACAGUCAUUUUUAGGGCCUUCUGCUGGCUGUGAUGUACAACUGCAUUGAAAAGCCUUCCCAUUCCCACAAGAUUCCAGCUGUUGUUAACUUUGAAUAUGAUUACUAAAAUCAUAAGGCUUUUAAAAACAUUGAAACAUUACAAACCUCACCUUUAAUGCCACUGGAAUUCCAGUCAGCCAACUCAGAUCUGACUACUUGUUAUCCAAAUAACAACCUGCUUUUUUCUUCCUCUUAUAAGCCACUUCGGACCAACACUAGAUUUGUGUCAUAUCAGAAUAUAUUGUAGAAAAUCAAAAUAAUCUGGUUUUAGCUUGAAACAGUUUUGUAAGUAUUUUAAAACAUGUUGGAUCCUGUGGUAUGAAAAUAUAUAUGGAAA